AUGUCAGAGGAACACGAAACUCCCCAGCAAUCGAUAGCAAAUAAAUUGUGGCUGUUUAGCAACUUAGCCGAGCGGGCAAUAAAGGCAUUGCCACUGUCCUUAGAAACCCUCGAAAAGGAGAUAAAAUAUCAACAAUCGACUCAUGCUUGUCAAGCAUUAGUGAAAGUGAAAAUGGAAAGUAAAGUGACGAAGAAACAGAGUAGUAUAGUGGCAGAUAAUACACUAUUAAGAAUACGAAGACGAUUAUGAGAUGCUUCAGAUCCAUUUAAUAUUCCAGAAAAUGAAUUCCGCAGUCUUUACAGAUUAUCCAGAGAAGCUGUACGAGUGCUGAUUGAAGAUUUGCGACCUUUAUUACCAAACACGAGAAGACGUCAUGCAGUUCCUAUUGAAUUACAGAUUCUAAUUGCGUUAAAUUUUAUAGCUUCUGGUUCAUAUCAAAAAAGAGUUGGACAGGAUUAUUUAUCAUGUGUAAGCCAACCAACAGUUAGCAAAAUUCUACCCAAUGUUGUCAAUGCGUUGAAUAUUUUAAUGCAACAGUGGAUUCAAUUUCCAAUCGAAGAGGGAGAAAUUCAGCAUGCAAAAGAAAGGUUCUGGGCACGUACACAGUUCCCUGGCGUUAUUGGAGCAAUAGACGGAACCCAUAUAGCAAUUGUUCCACCAAAAGCAGAAAGACAACAUCUCUAUAUUAAUAGAAAAUUAUAUCAUUCAUUAAAUGUUCUUAUUGUAUCGGAUUAUGAAGGUAAAAUUUUGACCGUAAAUGCUGCACAUGGUGGAAGAACACAUGAUGCCAGAGUGUGGAGGGCAUCUCUUCUAUCGAAUCAUUUGCAGGAAAUGUAUACUAAAGGACGAAGAGAUGCUUGGCUUUUAGGUGAUAGUGCUUAUCCACUGCUGCCAUAUUUGAUGACAUCUAAGCUGAAUGUACCUGAAGGUACACCAGCAGCAAGAUACACACAGCAUCAUGUUCGAGCUCGAUCUUGUGUGGAACGAUGCAUAGGAGUACUAAAGGGAAGGUGGCGAUGCCUAAGAAAAGAGAGAGCUCUACAUUAUGAACCAGAAGUUGCAGCUCGAAUAGUUAAUGCUGCCUGCGUCUUACAUAACAUUGCUAUUCGUUGGAGACUUCCAGAACCGGAGCUAUAUUAUGAUGUAAUAGAUUUAGAAGUUCCAAGAUAUCAAGAGAUAGCAAUGGAAAAUGGGAAUGAAGUUCGGCAAAGAAUCAUAAAUACAUAUUUCCAAAAUAGGCACUUAUAA